UCUAUUACCAAAGCCGGUGUCUGAGAGCUAUCCUCGUAUUCGGAACCCCGUCUGUUUAUGUCGCCGAUUUGUACUCAUUUGUUUACAAAACACCGCGGCGAGACUGUGAACGUGCGUUUUGUGUGAACGUAAACACGCUGCCUCUCGCCGGGACAUCGUCCACUCUUUUUUACUUUUGGGACGAAAGCGGGUUUCCCAUUAUCCGGAUGAAAGGAUCCCUAGCGCAUUUUUGUUCCUGCGACGUGGGCACGAGACACGGGACAACCGCGCCAAUCGGAUCCUAACUCCAGCUCGUCAAAGCCCAGACGAACAUACAUCGUUAUUUUCUUUUUUGAGGGGACUUGAGAUAAAGGAAUGCUGCUUUCCAAGCUCAACUCUCUGGCCCACAUUUCCAGCGACAUGCCUGUGAAGCCGCAAGUUCAUCCAGCGAGGGAACCCUUCGAGAAGCUUUACCAGGUUGGGGCGGUGUUGGGCAGCGGGGGUUUCGGCACCGUUUAUUCCGGCACUCGGACGUCAGACGGAGCUCCGGUGGCUGUCAAACAUGUCGCCAAGGACCGCAUCUCCGAAUGGGGGGAGCUGCCCAAUGGUUCCCGGGUCCCGAUGGAGAUUGUGCUAUUAAAGAAGGUCGGAACGGGCUCCAGGGGCGUCAUCAAAAUGCUGGACUGGUUCGAACGAGUGGACAGCUUCAUUAUCGUAAUGGAGAGGCCCGAAAACGUCAAGGAUUUGUUCGACUUCAUCACGGAAAAGGGGGCGCUGCCCGAGGAGCUGGCGCGCAGCUUCUUCCGUCAAGUGCUCGACGCCGUGCGUCACUGUCACAGCUGUGGCGUGGUGCACCGGGACAUCAAGGACGAAAAUAUCCUCAUCGACCUCCGGACCGGCGAGAUCAAGCUCAUUGACUUCGGCUCCGGAGCCCUGCUGAAGGACACCAUUUACACAGACUUUGAUGGCACACGAGUCUACAGCCCACCAGAAUGGAUAAAAAACCACCGCUAUCAGGGGCGCUCAGCCACAGUUUGGUCGUUGGGUGUGUUGCUAUACGACAUGGUGUGUGGAGACAUCCCAUUCGAACACGACGAGGAGAUCCUCGGAGGGCAGGUCCUUUUUAGGAGGAGAAUCUCUGCUGAGUGCCAGCAGCUGAUCAAGUGGUGCCUGUCUUUGCGGCACACCGAUCGGCCGUCCUUCGAGGACAUCAUCAACCACUCAUGGAUGCAGAGCACGUCCUCCUCGGUGCCGCCGCCUGCACCGCAAACAGACAAGUCGAGCGCAGAGAUCGAGUUGCACAGCAUCAGCCACGAGUCGUCGGCCUUCACGUCAACCUCUGUGGCCGUGGUGCUGUAACGGUGGAGAAAAGCAUCACAACCUCGCCAUCCUCGUGCCUCACUUGAUUUACUCCCUUUGACCACAUCAAACCACCAUCGAUCACCAUGGGCUCCGAUGCCUGAUUGUUAAACUGUGGGAGGGUGUGCUCUGCUUGCAGAACAGCACAUGUUGCCAGGAGAGUGCGAGUUAUGUAACCGUUCUGCUGUAGAUUUGUUCCUAAAAGUGCCUUAUGAGACUGUUGGGGGGAUUUACCUGGAAAUACUUGAAUAUUUGGAAUGCAAAAAAGGCUCAUGUUAAUGAUAGUCUUUUUUGUUCCUUUUUUUUUUUACUAUGCUAAAGGCUUUAUCUUUCCACUCAUGGGCCUAGAUCAGUGAAGCCUAUGCCAUUACAUUACAACCACUACUAGUACUACUGCCCAAUCCAAUCUCAUUAGCAACCAGAUGAACCUCACGGAUCCGGCAGCAUCCUGUGCAAACAACAACACUGGACUUACCUCACCUUCUUCUAAACCACAGCAUCUGCCUUCUUCCUUCCUCCCUUCCUUCACGUGUCACAUCCACUCUUCAUUGCAAAGUAAUCCAUACCGUAAUGCACCAUCCUCUGCUCUCCUGGAUGUUUUGAAAAAAACAUAGUGCCUCACACAGGUCUUAAACUUUUAGUGGGAGGUAUGAAUCGUAUAAUAUGGUAUUUAUUUUUUUUUCGUGACAAACUUCUUAUCUAGAUUUUAUUUAUUUUAUUUAUGAGAAGAAUUAGGGCUGUUCAUAUGUUUCAUUCCACAGUCACUGAAGGGCCCACCAUUAUUUAAGAGACAAAAGCAAAAAUAUGUUUUGACCAUAUUUAUUAUGGCUUGAAUUUUGUGUUUUUAAUAAAAGAGCAGACACAUGUAUGUUUGUGUAUGACCUGUAAAUAACUUGUAAAUAGUUCCCAGAGCACUUCCAUGUUGGUGUAUUUGAACACUGAACGUCUACUGAUGAACUGUUGGAUGCAAUGUGUUUGUGUGUAUGAAAGCGAGAAACCUCAUUUGGAUGCAGCUUUGAUUGUUUAUUUCCUUAAACCAUUCAGAUUAGAAUUGUAAAUUAUGUUAGAAAUUAUUUUUUAUACAACUUCAAUAAAUAUUUUUGUUACAAGGAUGA